CACUAGAGUGUUUAGAAGUUCUGACCCAGAGCUACUACGCCCAUCUUUCCAAUGGCUACGUACGGAUUACUGCGAAGAGCCUCGCUUCUCUCGUGCUCGAAUUCAAUCUCUCCGUCACCCACUGCCUCCCGCCGAUCACUCGCCGCUCCGUUUCGACGCUACUCCGUUUCCUCCCGCGCUCAAUUGAUUUCGAGUGGCUCUCGGAAUUACCGUUCCGCUCUCUUCCCUCUGCGCUGCUCUGCGAGUGACUCUGUGAAACGACCCAAGAUGGCUUCUGAAGAGCGCCAAGAGCCUUGCAAUCGCAUAGCGAGAAUUGCCUCUGCCAUCCGAGUCAUCCCAAACUUCCCUAAGCCAGGGAUCAUGUUCCAAGAUAUUACCACCUUGCUUCUUGACACGAGGGCUUUCAGAGACACCAUCGAUUUGUUCGUUGAGAGGUACAGGGACAAAGAGAUUUCCGUGGUUGCAGGUGUUGAAGCUAGAGGUUUUAUCUUUGGCCCUCCCAUUGCAUUGGCUAUAGGGGCAAAGUUUGUCCCCAUGAGAAAGCCGAAUAAGUUGCCUGGAGAGGUUAUUUCAGAAGAGUAUUCAUUGGAGUAUGGAACAGACACAAUCGAGAUGCAUGUAGGGGCUGUUCAAGCAGGAGAGCGUGCACUGGUAAUAGAUGAUCUCAUUGCAACUGGGGGAACCUUGUGUGCUGCAAUCAACCUACUUGAGCGUGUUGGAGUUCAUGUGGUUGAGUGCGCUUGUGUUAUUGAAUUGCCAGAGCUGAAGGGUCGGGAACGGUUGGGAGACAAACCAUUGUUCGUUCUUGUUAAUGCAGCUUGAUCUUGAGCUUGUUAUCAUACCAUUUCAUAAAUGCUAGAGUUGUUCUUUAAGCUGGAGAAUUUUGAAGACUGCUUGGAUUUAACGGGGAACGAUGGGAUGGGUAAUAAAGGUUUGUUUGUGUUGAUGUGGAAGAGACGCAGGGUGUUGAUGUAAGCAGUAAACAAAAUUAUUGUUGUGAAUUUGUGAUUUUGUAUUUUAUUCAAAGUCCGACUUGGGUA